ACAUUUCUACAUGUUUCUAAAGUCCACACUCCAUUUCUGCUUUUGUUUCAUCCAAACGUCCUCAUAAAUACCCGUGUGUUUGGUUCCUUUUUUAAAGUUUUACUUCACUUUCCUGACCUCAUUGUCACAUGAUCAUCUCCAGCACAAACAGCACAAAUCUGCCGCUCCAUAUUUCAUGGUAACUGACUCAGAGCUGGACCAACAACGCCAAGUGGAAUGAGAGCAGAUCAGAGAUGGAGAAGGCCUUACCAGUUCAGCUGCUUGAAACGUUGAAGAAUUUGGGAGAGGAGGAGCUGAAGCUUUUUCACUUUUACCUGCAGUAUGAACCUGGAGGUGAAUUCCCCAAAAUCUAUAAGAGCCAGCUGGAGAAUGCAGACAGGCUGAAAACUGUAGAAGUGAUGGUGCAGGCGUAUUCAGACCAUGUGAUGGAGGUAGCGAUGUUGAUUUUAGAGAAGAUGAAAGAAGGAAGUCCCUCAGCACAGAAAGCUUCAUCACUUUCAUCAGAAGAGGUUCUUCAAAAGUGUCGGGGUAAACUUAAAUCUAAGCUGAAGAAGAAGUUCCAGUGUGUGUUUGAGGGGAUCGCUAAAGCAGGAAACCCAACCCUUCUGAAUCAGAUCUACACAGAGCUCUACAUCACAGAGGGAGGGACUGCAGAGGUCAAUGAUGAACAUGAGGUCAGACAGAUUGAAACAGCAUCCAGGAAACCAGACAGACCAGAAACAACAAUCAGACAAGAAGACAUCUUUAAAGCCUCACCUGGAAGAGAUGAACCAAUCAGAACAGUGCUGACAAAGGGAGUGGCUGGCAUUGGGAAAACAGUCUUAACACAGAAAUACAGCCUGGACUGGGCUGAAGACAAAGCCAACCAGGACAUCCAGUUCAUAUUUCCAUUCACUUUCAGAGAGCUGAAUGUGCUGAAAGAGGAAAAGUUCAGCUUGGUGGAACUUGUUCAUCACUUCUUUACUGAAACCAAAGAAGCAGGAAUCUGCAGCUUUGAAGACUUCCAGGUUGUGUUCAUCUUUGAUGGUCUGGAUGAGUGUCGACUUCCUUUGGACUUCAGCAACACAGAGAGUGUGACUGAUAUUACAGAAUCCACCUCGGUGGAUGUACUGCUGAUUAACUUCCUCAGGGGAAAUCUUCUUCCCUCUGCUCACCUCUGGAUAACCACACGACCUGCAGCAGCCAGUCAGAUCCCUCCUGACUGUGUUGGCAUGGUGACAGAGAUCAGAGGGUUCACUGACCCACAGAAGGAGGAGUACUUCAUGAAGAGAUUCAGAGAUGAGGAAAAGGCCAGCAGGAUUAUCUCCCACAUCAAGAUAUCACGAAGCCUCCACAUCAUGUGCCACAUCCCAGUCUUCUGCUGGAUCACUGCUACAGUUCUGGAGGAUGUGCUGGAAACCAGAGAGGGAGGACAGCUGCCCAAGACCUUGACUGACAUGUUCAUCCACUUCCUGGUGGUUCAGGCCAAAGUGAAGAAGGUCAAGUAUGAUGGAGGAGCUGAGACAGAUCCACACUGGAGUCCCAAGAGCAGGAAGAUGAUUGAGUCUCUGGGAAAACUGGCUUUUGAUCAGCUGCAGAAAGGAAACCUGAUCUUCUAUGAAUCAGACCUGACAGAAUGUGGCAUCGAUGUCAGAGCAGCCUCAGUGUACUCAGGAGUGUUCACACAGAUCUUUAAAGAGGAGAGCGGACUGUACCAGGACAAGGUGUUCUGCUUCAUCCAUCUGAGUGUUCAGGAGUUUCUGGCUGCUCUUCAUGUCCAUCUGACCUUCAUCAACUCUGGAAUAGAUCUGCUGCAAGAACAACAAACAACCUCCAUGUGGUCUAAAUUAUUUAAUACACCAAGACUAAAAUCUCUCCACCAGAGUGCUGUGGACAAGGCCUUACAGAGUCCAAAUGGACACCUCGACUUGUUCCUCCGCUUCCUCCUGGGUCUUUCACUGCAGACCAAUCAGACUCUCCUACGAGGUCUGAUGUCACAGACAGGAAGUAGCUCACAGACCAAUCAGGAGACAGUCCAGUACAUCAAGAAGAAGCUCAGUGAUAAUCUGUCUGCAGAGAAAAGCAUCAAUCUGUUCCACUGUCUGAAUGAACUGAAUGAUCGUUCUCUAGUGGAGGAGAUCCAACAGUCCCUGAGAUCAGGAAGUCUCUCCACAGAUGAACUGUCUCCUGCUCAGUGGUCAGCUCUGGUCUUCAUCUUACUGUCAUCAGAAAAAGAUCUGGAUGUGUUUGACCUGAAGAAAUACUCUGCUUCAGAGGAGGCUCUUCUGAGGCUGCUGCCAGUGGUCAAAGCCUCCAACAAGGCUGUAGUGAGCGAUUGUUUCCUCUCAGAGAGAAGCUGUGAAGCGUUGUCCUCAGUUCUCAGCUCUCAGUCCUCAAGUCUGAGAGAGCUGGAGCUGGGUAACAACAACCUCUGCCAUUCAGGCAUGAUGCUUUUGUCUACUGCACUGGAGCAUCCACACUGUACCUUAGAAAGUCUAAGAUUAAGUGGAUGUUUUCUUUCAAUGAAAAGUUAUGAAGCACUGACCUCAGUUCUCAGCUCCCAGUCCUCUAGUCUGAGAGAGCUGGACUUGAGUAACAAUAACUUACAGGAUUCAGGAAUAAAACUUCUGUCUGCUGCGCUGCAGAGUCGACAUUGUAUACUCAAAUCUCUGAGACUUAGUGUCUGUAACCUGUCAGGGAGAAGCUGUGAAGUUCUGGCCUUAGUUCUCAGCUUCACGUCCUCUAGUCUGGGAGAGCUGGACCUGAGUGACAAUGACCUGGAGGAUUCAGGAGUGAAGCUUCUGUCUGAUGCACUGGAGAGUCCACAUUGUAAACUAGAAAGUCUCAGUUUGUCACACUGUCUGAUCACAGAGGAAGGCUGUACAUUUCUGGCCUCAGCUCUGAGCUCCAACCCCUCCCAUCUGAGAGAGCUGGACCUGAGCUACAAUCAUCCAGGAGACUCAGGAAUUAAGCUGCUGUCGGCUGGACUGAAGGAUCCAGGCUGGAGACUGGACAUCGACACAAACACAGUGAACACAAACCUCCAACUGUCUGACAACAACAGGAAGGUGACACAUGUGAUGGAGGUUCAGUCAUAUCCUGAUCAUCCAGACAGAUUUGAUGUUUAUCGUCAGCUGCUGUGUAGAAAUGGUCUGACUGGUCGCUGUUACUGGGAGGUCGAGUGGAGAGGAGACGUUUAUAUAUCAGUGAGUUACAGAAGAAUCAGAAGGAAAGGAAACAGUGAUGCCUGUUUGUUUGGACACAAUGAUCAGUCCUGGAGUCUGGAGUGCUCUGAUGAUGGUCCUCGUUCUGUUUGGCACAAUAACAGACACACAUCCAUCUCCUCCUCCUCCUCCUCCUCCUCUGUCUCUAACAGAGUAGCAGUGUAUGUGGACUGUCCUGCUGGCACUCUGUCCUUCUACAGAGUCUCCUCUGACACUCUGAUCCACCUCCACACCUUCAACACCACAUUCACUGAAACUCUUUAUCCUGGGUUUUGGCUCUGGUCUGGUUCCUCAGUGUCCCUAUUUCUCGUGCUUGGUUUGGAAAUCAGGACACCUAAGCCUGUUCGUGAGUGCCGCAGUGAGAGUGGCGUGUGUGAGGAAAGGACCUUUCCAAGUGCACCGCUCUGCCCGAGUGGGGCGGAGUAA